GCCCCAAUCCCGUCGCCAAAAUGUGUUCUCCCACCACCACCACCGAAAACAACAACGACCACCUAGUCCAAUCCUCCGACCCCAACCACCCCGCCAACCUCAUCCCCGCCCUCUGCGCCAAGUUCUGGACUCUCGGCUGGGUGACCGGCACAGGCGGCGGCGCCUCCAUCCGAUCCGAUGACCUCGUCUACCUCGCCCCCUCGGGCGUCCAAAAAGAGCUCAUGAAGCCCGACGACAUCUACGUCCUGUCCUUAGCCGCCCAGACACAAUCGCUCGACAAGCGCCAACGCGUCUACCUCCGCUCGCCAGCCAACUACAAGCCCUCGCAGUGCACGCCCUUGUUUCUGGCGGCGUUCACCAAGCGCAAUGCGGGCUGUUGUAUCCAUACGCACUCGCAUUGGGCGGUGCUGGUUACGUUGAUUCUGGAGACGCAGGGCGCGGGCAAGGACAAGGAGUUUAUGAUCAACAAUAUCGAACAGAUCAAGGGGUUUGGAAAGGGGUUUGGCAAGAGUGGGAAUUUGGGAUACCAUGAUACGUUGAAGAUCCCGGUGAUUGAGAAUACGGCGCAUGAGGAGGACUUGACGGAGUUUUUGGAGGAGGCCAUGGAUAAGUAUCCGGAUACGUAUGCGGUGUUGGUGAGGAGGCAUGGUGUCUAUGUGUGGGGGGAGAAUGUGCACAAGGCCAAGACCAUGUGCGAGAGCUUGGACUACCUCUUCCAACUGGCCGUCGAGAUGAAGCAGCUCGGUCUUCCUUGGGUAACCGAUAUCGAGCCUACCGUUCCUACGAGGAAGUAAACAACAACAAUAACAACAACAAUAGUGAUACCACAAAAACAAAGAAACAUUCGAUCAAAAU